GGUGGCCGACUCAAGGAGGAUUCUGCAAUGAGCCGGGCAAUCCCGGAGGCCCCCUCAGCUCCAGGACACCCGAAAUCCCCGAAGAUUCCAGUACCCACUCUAUCUCCUGUGCUGCCCACACCCACAGCAGGAGAGGCUUUGGAAUCCAGCCAGAAACCUGUAAAUGGAGGGGGGCCCCCUCAAGCAGCAUGUGGUCAUCGGACUUCAAGGAUAGUUGGUGGAAUGCCCGCCAGAGAGAGAAAGUGGCCCUGGCAGGUGAGCCUGCAGAUCAAUGAUCAACACAUAUGCGGAGGCUCCCUCAUUGGCCCACAGUGGGUGCUGACCGCUGCCCACUGCAUAUUUGGCUAUGAGGAAUAUACGGUGAAGCUGGGAGUCAUAUUUUUACAUUCGAAUCCCAAGAAUGCAAUGGUCAUUCCGGUUCGGGACAUCGUUUGCCAUAGCCAUUAUGAUGUUAGAACCUUGAGUAAUGACAUUGCCCUUGCUCUGCUGGCCUUCUCUGUGAAUUAUUCCUCAUCCAUCCAGCCAGUGUGCCUCCCAGAAAAGGAUUUUGAAGCAAACGCUGGGACCCGGUGCUGGGUGACUGGAUGGGGGCAAACAACUGAAAAUGCAUCAGUACUGCCAGAUGUUCUUCAGGAGACUGAGCAAAUUCUUCUUCACCGCAAAGAAUGUAAUCAGAGGAUGCAGGCAAAAUUAAGAUUCCAUCGCACACUAGUUCGAAAAGGGAUGAUCUGUGGCUAUCACGAAAAGAUGAAAAGUCCGUGCAAGGAAGAGGUAGUGAAACCAUCCCUGCAAGAUGGGCAGUCGACCUACCAGGUGGAGCACGAUUGGUCCUCAACAUCUAGUGGAACAUCUAGCAAAGAAGAGACAGCAUCAAUGGUGAAACAGCAUUAGACCAGACACUUUCUCAAGCUCAGCAUCUUGGUGAUUUUUUGGAGGCACUGAGGUGGCAUCACCAUGUCCACAUCUGACUCAGUUCUCUGGCACUGGGACAAGUUCCUGUGUUCCCCAGCGUGGAUCCAUCUGUGAGUGGCCAGCUUCUGGCACACAAGCCUUCCAAGUGCUACUCAGUCUUGGACUCCACCCCCAGGGCUCCAGUGGCCACACCCAGGCCCACCCUAAGUUGUGUGAGGUGAUUAUGGAGUAUUGAUAUUUCUG